AUGUCGUCGGUGUCGAAUUCGGAGAUUGCGAAGCGUAUCCGCGAAGGAAAUCAGAAGCGCAGGGAGGAGGAGCGCAAGAAGCAGCAGCUGGAGCAGGAAUACCUGGAGGUUGUGGCAAAGAAACUGAACGAGGAGCGGCAGAGUCGCAGCCCGACGCGGUUCUUGCCGAAUAUUCUGAUCUGCCUUCUCUUCGUGAGUUUCCCACUCUCCGAGCAGGUUGUCGACUGGUGCCUGGUGGGCAUCUUCUGCGUCCUGAACACGCUUCUCGCCUUCGCCUUCACCAACCCGUCGGAGUGGCUCAGCAUCGUCUCCACCGUCCUCAUCAACUUCUUCCUCGUCCGCUUCUCCAGUGAGAUGUACAAUAUGCCGCAGCGGUUGGUGCAGGUGCCGCUCAUCCUGCUCGUCAACUACGUCGCCAUAAACCUGCUCAUCGUUGCCGCGGCAUACUUCCUGUACGUGAGCCCGCGCUUUCUUCGCUUCUCGCGCAGCUACGGUGGAAAGCGAGGGCGGCAGACGUCUGUCAAGCACAGGGGCCACCACUCGAAAGAGUAUGACGUGCUAGAGGUGUUUGCGAUGCAGAAGGAGGAAGCCGAACGGCUGGACCUCCUCCUCUGUCUGCUGUUGCUGCUCAACGUGGUGGUGCUCAUCUACGUUGGCGUCAUUCCGUUUCACCUCGUUCUGCAGAAUGGGCUUAGUGUGUUUCGACUGCUAAAGUAG